AUGUCGGUGAGCUUCGAGAAGCAGACGAAGGAGGCCCUCAAGACGGCCGGGGAUGCCAUCGCCGGUGACCCUCAGAACAUUCCGGGCACGAGCGGCAAGCACCCCAUCACCGCCGCCAUCGGCACUGCUCUGACCGGCGGCAAGGAGAUGGCGGGCACCAAGGGAUAUCUCGCUGCCUACAUGAAGCAGCUCGAGGACAACCCGCUGAGGACCAAGAUGCUCACAGCUGGUUCACUCGCCGGUGCUCAGGAACUCAUUGCCUCGUGGCUUGCAAAGGACCGCAACAAGCACGGCAACUACUUCACCUCCAGAGUACCCAAGAUGGCCGCCUAUGGCGCCCUCAUCAGCGCACCUCUGGGCCAUUUCCUCAUCUGGCUCCUGCAAUUCACAUUCAAGGGCCGCACCAGCCUUCGGGCCAAGAUCACGCAGAUCAUCGUCAGCAACAUUCUGAUCGCGCCAAUCCAAAACACCGUCUACCUGGUGGCAAUGGCUCUCAUUGCUGGCGCGCGCACCUACCACCAGGUUCGCGCCACUGUCAAGGUCGGUUUCUGGAAGGUGAUGCGUGUCACCUGGAUCACUUCUCCCAUCUGCCUUGCCUUUGCGCAGAAGUUCCUCCCUGACCAGCUCUGGGUACCAUUCUUCAACAUUGUCUCCUUUGUUAUUGGUACCUACAUCAACACCGUCACAAAGAAGAAGCGCCUUGCUGCUCUCCGCAAGAAGCACUUCGGUGACAACCGUGGUGACAGCGUCGGCCCCCGCCCCGGCCCCGGCAGCAUCGGUCGUCCUGAGGACUACAAGGACUAUCCUCCGAUCGGCCCUAACCCCCCUUACUAA